CACGUGCCCCGCGCGGCCUCAAAAAGAUCUGCGCGCUGCGCGCACCUGCGUCCUCGGGUCCUAACGACACCGCACGAGCUGCGACCCGCGAGCACGAGUUCUUGGCGACCUCGCGGGCCGCGGCGUCGUUAGAACCAAGGAUUGGGGUUGCCCUCGCCGAGGAGGAGGGAGUUGGUGGCGACGGGGGGGCUCGCGGGGAUGGGGAUCUCGAGGCCCCUCGCGGUGGCGCUGCUGCUGCUGAUCGCCGUCGCCGCCGGGGCGGCCGCCGAGGAGCCGGUGGUGGCGGUGGACUCGGUGGCCAUCGCGGUGGAGGCCGCCGCUGCUGCGGCGGCGGCGAAGGCGGAGGAGGCGGCGGCGCUCAGGGCCGAGCUGGAGCAGCUCAGGGCGAAGAUCUCCAACUUAGAGUCAGGCAUAGCAGAGCGGUCCCAGGAAUUGAAGAACAAGGAUGAUGGCAUCACAAAGCUGGAGAAAGCCAUUGAGGAGAGGUCAAAGAAGAUUGCUUCUCUGCAGGCCGAGAUUGCUUCCCUCCAAGCACAGGGAUCUAUAGCUGCUGAGGAGAAGGCAGGCAAGGCCAAUGCCCGAGCUGUUGAGCUUGAGAAGCAGAUCGAGAAGCUCAAAAAGGAUAUUGAAACACAAAGUAGCCAGAGAACAGCACUUGAGUCUAGGGCUAAUGAUGCAGAGAAGAAGGUAGAAGAGCUGACUGCGAAGCUUAAUGCUAUCCAAAAGCAAAGUGAUGAGCAAAAGCGCAAAAUCAAGAAGACAGAACGCGCUCUUAAAGUUGCUGAGGAGGAAUUGAUGAGGUUGCAGCUAGAAGCAACAGAGAAGGCAAAACAGCUGACAGAGGUUCAUGGAGCAUGGUUGCCACCUUGGUUAGCUGCACAAUAUGCUCACUACCUGGAGGUGGUCUCAGGCCACUGGAAUCAACAUGGAAAACCUGCUAUGCAGAAUUUUUUGCAGAAGGCAUCGGAAAAAUCAGCACAAGCUAAGAAAUGGGCUGAACCUCAUAUUGAGACUGCUAAGACGAAAUGGAUCCCUGUUAAGGAAAAAUUGGUUGUCCUCAAGAAAAACGCUGAACCUUACGUACAGAAGGUCUCAACAAGAUCAGUAGAGUUGUAUGAGUCAUCACGGGUCGCUGUGACCCCUCAUGUUGUCAAAGUUAAGGAAUUUAUUCAUCCCUACUACCAGGAAGCCAAGAAGUUCUCCAAGCCUUACAUAGAUCAAGUUGCUGAGAUCACAAAGCCGCAUGUUGAGAAAGUUCGAACUUGUCUGAAGCUGUACACUAAAAGAGCAGUUCAUGCAUAUGGUUCAUUUCUUGAGUCGGCAACCACAUACCAUCGCCAGGCUCAAGCAACCAUCUUGGACUACCUUCACCAACAUGAGAUAACAAAAUCACUCGCGACGAAGGAAUUAGUUUGGUUCUUGGCUUCUGCUUUACUGGCUCUGCCUGUCUUCGUUAUAUACAGGCUUCUAAUAGAUACUUUCUGCACCAAAAAGCAUAAAAGAUCUCGUGGUGGUAACGGUAAUCAUGGCCACAGGAGACACAAGCGCCGGCACACUGAUAAGUAGAUCAAUUAUUGAACACUUUGGGGUGCAGAUGUUCAAGCAGGGUUUGGAUUGCUUUCCCUCCCUCCCUGGGGCUGUUCUGCUGAGCAUGGAGGAAGGAGACUUGGGUCAUUGGCCUCAUGGGUAUCCCUCUUAGCGUGAAAACAUUGUACACCGCCAACAAUCUCUUCUUUUUUACAUUUUCGCCCCAGGUGUAAUAUGGACUUAAGUUGCAGCAGACCUUUUACCUGCACCUUGCUGGGGUUCAGGGGUUCAGCCUCGGCCUUUGUUUCAUUGUUCAUUAUUGUUUAUUGUAACUUGUGAAUGCGUUUGGGUUUGCGUGCUUGUUCUUGUUGCUGACCUACAUUCAAACUUAUGUAUACAAACUGGUUGUUUAGCUGCUGAU